GUUCACAGAGCAACACAUCUCUCACAUCGCAUCCUGGCUGAAAGGUACAGUGUAACUCCGGGGAGAGCAGAUGAUGUGUGAAGGUGCAGCUUUUCACUUAGCCGGUGUGUUGACUGUAAUCUAUAUCAGCUGCAGGCUCCCCCCCCUUCUUCUUCCCUUUUCUCGCUCUGAUUCGUGCCUCUUCAGAAAGUGGAGAGUAACAUUUGCAGCGAACUUUACCAACCUCGCUGAACCGAUGUGAUGCGCUUGCUUUUAACACCGACACUGAUGAUGACUUCAGCAGCGGUUCAUUAUACACAUCAGUAACCUGAGCACAAACACUUGAAGAUGAAGAUGAACAUAAGGACACAAGCAUUACACUGGGGUCUCCUCCUUUUGUGUAUAAUGAGCCUCUGCAUCCAGCUUGUGUCCAGUGGCAACCAAAGCUCCCGAGGAAAGACAGGGUCAUCACAGGAGAGGACAGGGACUUGUGAAGUGGUUGCUGCUCAUCGCUGCUGCAACAAGAACAAAAUUGAAGAACGCUCUCAAACUGUCAAGUGCUCCUGCUUCCCAGGACAGGUAGCAGGGACAACAAGGGCUCUGCCCUCUUGUGUUGAAGCCUCUAUUGUGCGACAGAAAUGGUGGUGUAAAAUGGAGCCGUGUCUGCAGGGGGAGGAGUGCAGAGUCCUCCCUGACCUCACUGGCUGGUCAUGCAUCUCUGGAAAUAAAGUGAAGACCACAAAGGUGACAUGGUAGCAAGACAGAAGCUCCAGCUAAUCAGUGCAAGCCCAUACUGGUCUGCCUCGGUCAACUUAAAUAACAUUACACUGUGAGGAUAGUGAAUGCCCCGUCAGAUGGAGCACAGAACAAUAUAGAUUUAAUUAGAUAUGGCUCAGCUUUGCAGAAAAUCAUCAUUUUAAUUUGCUUUGUCUUGGAACAAUUUUGGUUUGUGUUAAUGCCAUGGCGUAGAGAAUCUAUUAGCAAUUGACCUGGGAUAAAAUGAUGCAGCACCUUUUCCAAUCCAAAUGAACAGCUUUUGCAAAAGUCUAUCAUUGUGUUUUGCGCUUGAUAUUCUGGGCACAUUGUGAUGCACUCAAUCAAAGUUUGGAUGGGUCUGCUGGCAGACACUUAAAAAGAGAUUUUGUGGAUUUUCAGGAGGCAGAAUGUGAAUCCAGUCAGUGGCCUGUGACUCUCUCAAAGCAGAAGCCAACAAAUUCUGAGAAAUUUAUUAUUAUAUAGCAUUUGUAGACAACCCUGUCUCUUAACUUACUCUGAGUUUCAUAAGAGGUCCGCUCCCUUUCCACAAAGAAGCACUCUUUCAAACACGGCACGAACACACACACACACACACACACACACACACACACACACACACACACACACACACGCACACACGCACACACACAUGACUAUGCAUACACAAAGGCUGCUUUUUGACUCCACUGGUUGGACGGGCCACCACCUGCAAGGCUGUGAUGGCAUGCACACAAGCAUGAAGCUCUGAUGCAAAACAAGGACUGUUUGAAAUGCUAAUCAUGGGGAGAAAGGGGAGAGAAAAGAGAAGAGGUUCUUCUUCACUGCUGAGAGUCUUUACAUCAUGCUUUUUUUUGUUUCUGUUUGUGCUCCUGUGGAGGGGACUAUGCUUAUAGUAAUGAUGGGAAACACUGACAGUUCUCUGCCUUGAAGCAAAUCGUAGCCACUAACACAACACAAUGUUUACCUUUAUUACCACUUCAUCACUUGUCCUCUUUAUAUAAAUAAUAUUCCUUCUGGACCCACCUCGAUUGCCUCUCUUUUAUCUCUUGAGUUCAGGCAGAUACUUUGCAAUUUACCUUUGAAAUGAAGGGACCAAAAAAAAAAAGAAAAAAAGAAAAUAAAAACACAAAUACAGCAGCUGCAAAUCAUUCCAACUUCCAGCAUUAGACUUGCAUGCAUAACAACCGCUGCAAGUUGAAAGCAGCUGAACUCAACAUAAGACAUUUAUGCAUGAUUUAUAUUUUACAUGUUAUUGUUUUAGUAGUGACAAGAGUCUUCACUGAAAGGUCUGAAACUCAAGUGUUUACACGUUGGCUAUUUUGUAAGCGUUCAGGUUUAAUUCUUCCUUAACUCUUGCAGUGCUGUGAAUUCAUUUUACGGGAUGCAAUAUGUAAAUCUAAGAUCAUGUAGCGAUACAGUAUUCAAUCACGCUGGAUGUUUUUUACUGGUUUUAGAUGACAGUAGUAUCUCAUGGAAUCUGUAGUUCAAAAGUUCAUCUCCUUUGUGUUUCUUCUUUUCCUGGAAAUUGUUUUUAUAGCUCAGAAAAUAAUUCAGAGGAUAGCAGUGAGAAUAGAAACAUAGGGCCUUUGCAAUGCUUUCCAGAUGUAGAUUAUUAUGUGCAUACAUCUUAAGCAAUGAAUGUCGCAUACAGAGCUCCAUAUGCCAUGUUUAUGUUGAUCUCAUCGAGGUAUUUAGGGAAUACCACCUUUCUUUCUUUCUCAAAUUGUUCUUUUUUCAUGAGCUUGCACUUAAAUGUGCCUGAUGGGACGUUUUGAGAUUCUUCUGAUUUUGAGAUUUAGAUUUCUUUAUUUGUGACACAAAACCCUUCUUCUAAAUCACUCUAAAUGUGAUAUGCUUUUGAGUAUUUUGUAGGUUCACUGGCUAGUUUUUAACCAUUCUGACAGCAGUAUUACAAAACUGCAGACCUUGUAAACUUGUCUGACAUAGUUAGGACAAAGUAGGGUGAUGGUGCUUUAACAUUUGGACUGUUUUUGUAUAAAAACUAUAGGUGCAAUAACAGAAACCAUUUAAAAUGUAAUGCAAUCCAUUGUACAACUGUUAUAUAUGGCUAUACUGAAUGAAUAUACUAUACAGUCGUGUUGGGAUUUAGUGCAUUUGUUCAAGAUAUACAAAAGAGUCCUACAGUGAUCUGCAAUAUUUAUUUGUUUAAUUUAGCUGCACGUAUAACUCAAAAACUCCAAAUAUUCUGUGGUAGUAAACACAGUAUCAUGGGGGUUUUGGAGUGUCAGACUGACAAUAUAUGCAAUCAGAAGCUACUACCUCAGGCAUUAGAAACAGAAAUUAUCGUUGCAGUCACAACAGUUUUUAAUAAUUUGUCACUCUUGAUUUUGUUCAAUUUUGACAGCCGACGCUUCUCUCAGUGAUGCAAACUCUGGGAAUAAACCAAAAAAUAUUUAUUUACUCUCAAACCCUUCAGAAAUAUGGAUUGUGAACGCUAUCUUGUUAAAGAUGCUUCUCAGUGACUGAUUUAACUCCUCAGGC